AUGCUAGUUUCAGCCUCAGGUGCCAGGGCCAGUAACAGGGCCAGUGCCAGGGCCAGGGCCGCCGGUAUCACUACAAUGCGCCAAUUGGGAGGUGAUUCCCACAUCCUUUCGCAGGUGUAUGGCCGAGUGGAGCAGCGUGGGGAUGGCACAGACGUGUUCCAGUGGUCCCACAGCUACAGCCGUGUGUACGAGCCUCAGGGCCACUACCUCCCCACCUCCACCUUCCUCAACUUCGAAUUGUACAAUGUCGAGGCCAGAGAAAGGGUUAAGUGUGUGUCUGCCACUGAGGGUGUACCCAUCUCUACCCAGUGGCACAUCUCAGGCUACACAUACCCCAUCCAGAUUGCCCAGUUUGGCUUGGCACACUAUUGCAAACAUCUCACAGAAAACCCUCCACAAAGGGUGGUGCUGGAGGACGGUGAGGAGCACAAGGGCAAGUGGGAGGAGCAAGGGCUUACCUCCUCAGUCUCCCGGAUCCUUGACCCUCUCACCCACUCCAAUGUUCUGAAGUUCAAGACUCCAGAGACCUCAUCGAAAGGUGGUGCUAUGUUAAAACUCAGUGAGGUGUCUACCCAGAAUCUUUUAGUUUUGAGUCUCAACCUUCUCCUACAAGGCAAUGCCAGCUUUACUGUUACCUUAGAAUACAAAGAUAAAAGACCAGAAGUGUUUACUCUUCAUUAUAUCCGUUCAGAGACCUUGCUGACUGCCAAGGACCGCCAGAUAUUUUAUGGUUUAGGGAACCCUUCAGGAUGGAAGCGCAUUACACGCAACCUCCUCAUUGAUGUUCAUAAGGGUGCAGCAGCUUCACCAGCACUUCGUAAAAGGUUUAAGAAGAUUUCAAGAUCCAAGCUGAAAGUACUGGCCCUUUACCUGAAUGGCGAGGGAAGUAUUGGCAACGUCACGCUAGCAUCGGCCGAGCACCUCCACCACUUUUAUGAUGCAGCCAACUGGCUCCUUAACCACCAGGAUGAACGCGGUGGAUGGUCCAUCUCCGUCCCUCGCAAGGUGAUAUCAGGUGUGUUGGAGCUAGAUGCAGGCUGGUACUCAGCAAUGGCACAAGGUCAGGCCAUGUCACUCCUGGUGCGUGCAGCUCACCACUCUGGAGACUCUAGCUACCUCAAGGCUGCCAUACGUGCCACAGCCCUGUUCUCUGUCAAUGCAUCUCAUGGUGGUGUGCGAACCUACUUCCCUGGUGGCUUUGUAUGGUACGAAGAAUACCCCACAACUCCAUCUCUCUUUGUGCUCAAUGGAUUUAUCUACAGUCUCCUUGGACUCUAUGACCUCAAAGAGUUCUCGCUUGAAUCGAACAGCAAUGGAGCUGAGCUGUUUGCAGAUGGCAUGGUCUCCCUCAAGAAGCUGCUGCCACUCUUCGACACUGGCUGGGGCUCCUUUUAUGACCUGCGUCAUUUCACAACCCAUGUAGCUCCCAACCGAGCCCGCUGGGACUACCACACCACGCACAUCACCCAGCUCCUGCUCCUGGCUUCAAUUGAUGACGACCCAGUCCUCUCUUCAACAGCUCAGCGCUGGAAGGAGUAUAUGGUUGGGCACAGGGCUAGCCAUAACUAAGGGGUUUCUUUGUUCUUUUAAUGAUAAUGAUGAAGAGAUAUAUCGGUUGUGAUAUCGUAGUUCACUAAUAAUAUAUUUAAGUAAGAUAUUAUUUUUUACUUUUCUGUUAAUUUAACGUUGUUUGUUGCUGUGUGUAGAUUUUCCUAUUCAGAUAUUUUUGUUUUUGUGAGAUUAUAUUCUCUUGACAACUCUCUCGAGAUUAUUUAAGUCUCUGAUACGCUUUAUUUAGAUACUGACUUCAUUUCUAUUAGGAUGAAUUAGAAAAUAUUACCUCAGUUUUCACAAGGUGUUUGUGAGUAACAGUGGUGAUACCUACCUAGAGAUCAGAUCUGGAAGAUGAGCCUUUAGCAACAUUGUGAAACUUGUAUAAAUGUUUGUAUGAUUUGCUGUGAUGCAGUGAAUACUAUAUUUAUACAUACCUAUAUAGAUAUAUAUACAUAUAUACCUGAUCCUCUGUGAACUCACCAUUUCCUUAGCAGAAGAUUUAGACCAUAGUCUUUUGAGAGUGACAUGUUGGAAAAAAGAACAGUAGAAAAAUUGUUCAUUUUUACUAUACAUAAUUACUAUUGUUACAUAACUUGCUAUGUGUGUUCAUGACAUGCAUAUGUAAACACUCAACUACAUUCUUUUGUUCACCAUAGACAUGAAAACAUAAUAAUAAAAUCUUAGUAAAAACAUUCAUCUCAUAUUGUGGCUGAAGAAUCUGCGUUCUCUUGCUUCCUAGUCUCUAAGGUGAAAGUGUUGUGUCAUGAUAGGUUUGCUAUUGACUGAACAGCAGGGGAAUCUUGUGUAGUGUGUGUGUAAGUAGAAGGACAGGUGGUUACUAGAGACUAUUUUAACUACUCUGCCUUGCUAUGUGAUAUUUCUGGUAAAUAAUGAACUGGGUCCACUUGUGAAUACAAAGCUAGUGUGGAUGUUGGCAGGCAGACUUGCAGGCAUGCAAGCAUGCAAGCAAGCAAGCUAGCAGGCAAGCAGGCAGGCAAACAGGCAGGCAGGCAGGCAGGCAGGCAGGCAGGCAGGCAGGCAGGCAGGCAGGCAGGCAGGCAGGCAGGCAGGCAGGCAGGCAGGCAGGCAGGCAGGCAGGCAGGCAGGCAGGCAAGCAGGCAGGCAAGCAGGCAGGCAGGAUGGUCUGUUGGAAGGUUGAUGAAUGCUAUAAUCUCCCAUGCUGUGUUCCCAGGAGUGUCUGUAGGGUCUGCCUCUGCCAUUGUCCUCAUGUGAUCUUCCAUUAUCUUGUGGCCACAGCUCAAAUUGUAAAUGAGUGUGUAAUUAGUGUUUCUCCAAAACUUAAAAAAACUAAAGAUUGCUGAUUAGGAACUCAGCUUUAUAUUUUGAUACUCAUGUGAUUAUAUACACGUGAUUAGGAAAUGCUGUCAGGCUUACUGCCCUCUGUGGAUAAUCUGCUUUGCAAAAGAGGACUUAGUUUGUCUUAGGGCAUAAAAUCUCUAACUGAAUCUAUAACUGCUACAGUUUUACCAUUUUCUUCUAUGAAGAAACUAUUGAAAGAAGGGAAUAAUUUGUAACAGUAUUUUGGUACAUCUAGUUUAUAUUUUCCCAAACUAAAUUUGCAAAAUUAGGGUAAUUUGUUGUUGCAAAAGAUAUUUGAGUUGAUGUCACAUGCCUAUGAACAUUGCAUUUUAUCUCCCCCCAAAAAACUAUCUGCACCAUCUAAACAGUUUCCCCUUAAAUAUUUUAAACAAUUUCCCCUUAACUAUUUGCAUUGUGGUGUAAUAUUCCCUGGGCUUCCAGUAAUAAUGUGCUAAUGUACUUAGGGUGGUCUUCAGCCCAGAGGGUCUGUUAGUGUACCACCUCUUGAAUGUUUACAAACUGCCACUUAAGUUUCAGUAGGCUGCCUUAUGGGCACCCUGAGAGUGUGGUUGAAUGCCACCAUUAGGGUGUAGUGACAUGCUGUAUUAGGGACUUGUUACCCAUAGGGCUGAGGGAGUACCACCCUGAGGGUCUUUGGAUUGCUACCUAAAAUGUUGGUGUAAGUUCACCUGACGUGUUUGUCAAUUCAUUCAUCAGAACUUUGUGGACUGUCACUUCUACUUUUUAAUAUCAGAGUAAUACCCACUAAAAGAAUAUUUAAUCUGAGCUUUAGUGAAAUGUUUUAUUCUGAGUAUUUUCAUAAAAUUUUGGUAGACAAACACAUUUAUGGUAACUGCAUUUCACCUUAAAUGAAUGAUGGAUUGUCAUCAUCAAAAGUUGGUGAUGAGGUGUUACUGGUUGGCUCCAACACACUUUAUUCACCCUCACUUGUGCUCAACCCUUUAAUGCAACUGCAGUUCUGAUAGGAUAUACCCAAGAUAAGAUACUUCAACAUUAUUUCAGAUAUUACAGCUUUAACAUGUUUUUUCAUGCAUGUAAACGCAAACGGUAAGGUUAACAGUGUUCAAUUAAGUAUAAUAAAAAAGAUUAAAUGUUUCAGUGAUCUUUAAACCAUAUACAUUUUUAUGCUUGAAACACCUUGUGUCAAUUUGUAUCAGCUUCAGCCAAUCCAUAUGGAGAUCUGUAGCUAGCUAUUCAGUUUCAUAAGGUAUAAUUCCAUUUGAAAUAGACUACUGUUCCAUCCAUUUUCAACACUGCAAAUUUUUAUGACUUGCCACAUUCCUAAUUACUAAGAAGAUGAUGGGUAUUAUAAUAAGAUAUGAAAUUUGCUCCAUUAGGAAUGCACUAGAGGGUAGAGAGGUCUAGUCUCUCUCAGUGCAUCAUACCAUGAAUGUAAGGUUUGUUCAGAGUAAUGAUUAGUGAACUACACAUGAGUUGCAGAUAUUUCAUCAAUUUGGUCUUCCAGUGUCCUGUGUACAGAUGAAUAAAUAAUAAAUAUAUAUAUAUAUGUUAAAACCUAAAGGGUCAUACAGCUAAGCUGCUGUUGAUUCCAGAGCUAAAACUCCCUCAGUGUUUUGUAGAUAUGCUUUUGUAGGAUUUCUAUACUAUAUAUAUAUAUAUUAGUGUAAGGUCGAAUGUUUUGAAAUGCCGCUAGAAGUAAUCAAAAUUCUUCUACUGUAUUUGUUAAGACAAUUCAGAUUAUUCAAAGGAUGACUCAACAAAAGUAGUGCUGUAGCUGCAAUUAGCUGGUAUUAUAAUAGGACAAUUUACAGAGUCAGUCAACAGUUUACAAGUGAUAGAAUUUUGAUUAUAUAUUGGUUGUAAUAGUUGUUGUAUGUCAACUAACCUGUAAAAAAGUGUUGUACAUAGCAUCCACAUUUAUAUCUUCCAAAGUGUGCUCUGUGACUCUUGAAAAUAUUAUUUAUGAGGCUUAUAUCAGAUUUUGGUUUUAGUACAGCUGUUUCUAUAUCUGUGUUUAUUUUCAUUAUGCAGUCAUUUUAAGUUAUUUAAGUGAUGGGCCAUCACUGGUGAAAAAGCUGUUGAGGACAUCUAUUAGGAAAUAAGAUGUACAAUGUAAGAUGUAUCCAGUAUGUCAACUCUGGCCAGGAGAGAUGUUAAUGGGUUCUGCGCUGAUAAGCAGAUAAUGUCGGAAAGUUCCAAAACCACCCUGUUGGUGAUUGUUACCAGUGACUGAGAACUGAGCUUCAGCCAUUAUUAAUUCCUAGAAGAUGAUUUCUUGCAUUGCUACAGUAGAGUCAAAGAAGUCUUGGUAAAGGGUUUAUAUUAUAAAUUGUUUUUAGUUGAACAAUGUGGAAGAGGAUUUACUUUAAAUAAAUGAAGUACUGUAUUCUUGUCAGACUAGCCAUCACACAUAUUCUGAUGGUGAUUUGCAGUUUGCAGCUAUAGAAGUUCUGCAAAUCAUUAUUUGUAAUGCUGAGUAUUAAGUUUCUGGGGCUGGCAGAAAAUGCAUUUCCUUUUUUGGGAUUUAUAAGUUUGUCUUUAAACAAAAGAGCAAUUAACUCACAUUUUUUGUUUUUAGUAUUUUAGUGUAAUAUACAUUACCUCAAAGCUUUCUGCUUUUAGAUAUACAUGCCAGAUAUGAAAUUGUGAUUGAAUAAAAAUAUUUAUUUUA